CCCGGCCAGCCUACGACUUCUUUCCCUGGCGAUGACCCUGGGAGUUGUGGGAUUGUUGUCCUGGCCAUGGCUCCAAACCGCCCCCGCUGCCGCGCCGAGCCACGAGGACCCGGACAGGCACAGUUGCGCCGGCUUCUAUCGCCCCGCCGCCACGCCCAGGCGCGCAGUUUUCUCGGUCGAGCACUUCGGAGCGGUGGGCGAUGGCCGGACUUCGAAUACCGAGGCGUUCCGGAAAGCGGUGCGCCACCUCGAGUCGUUCGGGGACAAGGGAGGCUCGCAGCUCAACGUGCCGCGGGGAAGAUGGCUCACCGGUAGCUUCAAUCUCACCAGCAACUUCACCCUCUUCUUGGAAGAAGGUGCUGUAAUUCUCGGAUCUCAGGAUCCCGGGGAGUGGCCAGUGAUCGAUCCAUUGCCAUCGUAUGGACGUGGGAGGGAGAGAUUAGGGGGGCGCCACAUUAGCCUCAUCCAUGGAGACGGCCUCAGCGAUGUCGUCGUUACAGGACAGAACGGAAGCAUCGAUGGGCAAGGCAAGAUCUGGUGGGACUUUUGGUGGAACAGGACGCUGCAGCACACGCGGGGUCACCUUCUUGAAUUAGUGAAUUCAAACAACAUUCUCAUCUCAAACCUCACUUUCCUCAAUUCUCCAUUUUGGACGAUACACCCAGUUUACUGCAGUUACGUGGUGCUCAAAGAUCUCACUGUUCUGGCGCCUCUUCAUUCUCCAAACACAGAUGGGAUCGAUCCAGAUUCAAGCUCGCAUGUCUGCAUUGAGGACUGCUACAUCGAGAGCGGGGAUGAUCUUGUAGCCGUGAAGAGUGGCUGGGAUCAGUAUGGCAUCUCCGUGGCUCGCCCAAGCACCGACAUCAUUAUCCGAAGGGUCUCAGGCACGACUCCAACGUGCUCGGGCAUUGGAAUAGGAAGCGAAAUGUCAGGCGGAGUAAACAACGUGGUGGUGGAAGGCCUGCAUGUCUGGGACUCGGCUGCCGCAGUGAGAAUAAAGACCGACGUCGGCAGAGGAGGAUACAUAACCAACGUCAAGCUUACUGAUCUUAGAAUGGAGAGAAUUAAGGUCCCUAUAAGAUUUAGCAGGGGUUCCAAUGAUCACCCAGAUGAGGGUUGGGACCCUAAGGCUCUUCCGAGGAUUAAGGGGGUUCAUAUCGCCAACGUCAUAGGGUUUGAAGUGGGCAAAGCCCCGGUCUUGGAGGGUAUCAAGGAUGCAGUUUUUGAAGAUCUCUGCAUUAGAAAUGUCACCUUAUUUGUCAAGAAACAGGAAGUUAAAUGGCAGUGUGAGUUUGUGACAGGAGAAGCCUAUGAUGUUUCUCCGGUGCCGUGCGAGGAUCUAAGGAGCAAUUCCUCCUCGUCAUGGUGCAGAGAGUCGUAAGAUACACAGAAUACAAAAAUGUGGACUUUGAUGAUUUUUUUUUCCUUUCAGAUUUUAAGAAAGGAUACGAGAGCAUCAAUUC